AUGGUUUUCGGUCUUACUAUCGGUACAGAGCGGGCAACCGCUUUGCAGAAUUCUAUUCAGGAUGAGCUUAUGAAACGAGGUUACAGUCCUGAUGCUGAUCCUGUCAUGGCGGAAUACAUCACCAUAAUGAUCAUAAACAACAAGACGGCUGCUCAGAUAUCAAUUGAACUCGAGGACUUGAUAGGUGCAGACUUCGAACGAAGCUUCACAGAUUGGUUGUUUUCAGAAGCAGCCAAAGGCGCACCAAAAGAAGCGACAUCUGAUCUUGAGCCCUCCCACGAACCAGUACCCUCUCUCCCCUCUGAAACUCCCACUCGCGAAGCUGUCCCCCAUAUCCCCGCCGAACCACUCCGAAGAAACCCUCCAAGUGGUCCUCGUAAUGGCGCUCCUCUGUAUCAGCAAGCGAUCUCUCAAGCUAUACCUUCUCAUUCCCCGACAGCGCAGAAACGUUCUGCGUCGGCUCGUUCACCUUCGCCAGGACCGAACAAGAUACGACGUACCGAUGUUCCUGUGGGGCCGAGGGCGAUGCUGCGGGAUGGGCAGCUUGGGCAUGGGCACGGUGGCCCCAGAAGUUUGUUGGAGAGGGUCGGGGGUCCAGCAGGAGGUAGAGCGAAUAGGGAUGACAUCCAGCAGCGGAUCGACAGUAUCACCAAUGCCUCGGCCGAUCCCAAUAUGCAAGCUGCGCUUGCUGCCGGAUACCUGCCACAAAAUGGCAUGGACAUGAAUGCGAUGGCUGCUCAAAUGGGUAUGGGAGGGUCUGCGAAUCCUAUGAUGUUGCAGGAGAUGAUGAUGAACCAAAUGGCGCUCAUGGCACAGAUGGCAACGAGCUUGGGGAUGCUCAAUCCCGCGCAGGGUCAGUUCGGCGGUGGAUUUCCUAUGCAAGGAGGAAUGCCGGAUAUGGGGAUGUUCAACGGUAUGCAAGGUUUUCAGGGUCCGGGACAGCCGCAACAGAUGGUCGGUGGCGGUGGCGAGAGAAAUCGUGGAUCUGGAAGAGGAGGAAGAGGGUUUGGCCGUGGAAGAGGACAACCAUCUUCGUCGCAUACUGGGCGCUCGGAAGCCAUUACGAAUAACGAGAAAGCAUCCACAGUUUCUCAGCAUGUGGUCAAUGCAGAACCUCCACGGCCAAUACCCCCAAACACAAUCGAAGCGCCGGCUGUCGCUACUCCAGUCCCUACCACGCCUCAGCCCCCUCGACCUGCAUUCGCUAUUCCUGACCGUCCACAGUCUCCAACGCUGUGUAAAUACGCGUUGAAGUGUACAAACGCCCAUUGUCGGUGGUCUCAUCCGUCGCCAGUCGCCACUGCAGAGAGUGGUAUGGUGUUAAGCAAUGAGGCCUGUGAACAGGGGAAAAACUGCAAGGAUAAGGAUUGCAUCAAGGCGCACGUCAGUCCUGCUGCCGUCAAUCCACAAGCAGUUGUAGAACAGGCGAAACCUCCUCUCGCUGUGCCCACUUCUGGAGCUGUUGCUUGCCGAUACGGAGCUGCAUGCACCCGCCAAGGAUGUACCUUCCAGCAUCCGGUCAACAAGAGCACUCACAUUGCUACGUCGUGUCGCUUUGGAUCUGGCUGCACUCGUGCUUCGUGUCCAUUCCAACACCCGGAAGGACGAGUACUCCCAACAGCAUUCCAUCGAGGGCUUUCGACAACCGCUCCCAUCGUGAACGUGUCCACGCCUCAGACAGGAACCAUGGGAGGCGCGAGUCACCACCGCAGCGUCACUUUCAACAAGCCUGGGAGCAAGGAAGCGCUGGAGCAAAAGGUGAAGGAGAUCGAAGAGAAGAAAACUCAGGCUGAAGCGGCGGUCAAGCAAGCGGAGGCCGCUGCUGGGGGGAAGAAGGAUGAUUCGAAGCCGGUGGCGAUCGCUGCAUAG